GCCGCCACCAUGGCUCUUAAAGGUGGUCCUCCGUUCUUUUUUAUCCACCGUUCAGAGUCACACACUUGUGAUCCCACGGCCACUCCACCCCUCAUCCAGAACUCGGCCCUGCCCAUCGACCACCAAGAAUGGCAGCGUUUUCCUUCUCUUCUUCCUUCCCUGUCUGCUCCUCUUUGCCGAGGACAACCGUAGCCCCGUCAUCCUCUCCUCCUGUGUAUCUCUCCGCCUACCAUGACGCAGAAUCAGCAGAGACGACCACCACACGCCCCGCAUUCCUCAAUGGCGUCUCCAGGCGUCACGCCCUCCUCUCCUUGUCCUUCUCCUCCCUUACUCUCUCCAUUGCCGGUUUCUCCUCGGCGGCGAUUCUGGAAGCGGACGACGAUGAGGAGCUCCUUGAGAAGGCUAAGCGGGACAGAAAGAAGCGGCUGGAGAAGCAGGGCGUCAUCAACUCCUCCAAGAAUGAGACAGUUUACUUGCAGGAACUUGUGUACAAGCUGAGCAAAGUUGGCCAAGCCAUUGAAAACAAUGAUCUCUCUGCAGCAGGUGCUGUUCUUGGCCCCAACACUGAAAGUGACUGGGUCAAAAAUGUCAGUGCAGCUUUCAACAAGUUGAGCUCUAGUUCGGAGGAAAAGGGUCUCGUGGAUACCUUCUACGCUUCAUUGGCAUCGCUCAUAUCAUCAGUGGCCAAGCAGGACGUCAACUCAUCGAAGAUAGCAUUCGUGUCAUCCGCUACGGCCUUAGAAAAGUGGACCUCUUCAACUGGCUUGGCGGCGCAACUGAAAGGACUGUAAAGAACGGAAGGCUCUGGAGUCUGGACCAAAUCAGCGGGAACCCAGCUUGUCGGUUCAGCAACGAGCACCCUACACGAUAAUACCGUUGGUUGGAUUUUGGUCCAUCAGUUCUAACAAACAUUGUUCAUCUUGGUUGGAUUCUGGGUUGUUGACUCUACCACAUACUGAUACAUUUCUUUUUCUAAGAAGAUAAUAAAAAAAGAUUUUGUUCA